AUGGCCGCAAGCAGGAAAGAUAGUCAGGCUUAUGAAUGCUCAGUGAAGAAGUUGAAAUUGAGAGUCACAGAGUUAACCAGGACUUCAGACAACAAAAUCCUGAAGGGAGGCUAUAAAGAGGAGACUCGUGUACAGAAAGAGCUGCUCUUUGUUCCUGUGCAUUUCCCAGUGGUAAACAGAGCUAGACCUGCUCCAGAACAAGAGCCGCGACUCGACCCGCGGGCCGAUUUCGCUUUCGCUCUGAGUGCGGUGGGUGUGGUGGGCGGCGGGCGGGUCCCGGAACAUCGCAGGCGGGCACUCCGAGAGUUAAUCCGAAAGCGCCACCCGCCCCCUGGGGACGAUCGACGCACACGUGUCCUUGAGAAGCUCGUGGUCAGUGUUGCAACAGCCUCGCCUCCAGCACCCAGCUGUUCUACUCAGUGCCAGCCCAGAAUGUGUCCAUCACGCUGCCUCCUCUUUUUGGCCAUCCUUGUCCUCCUAAUCCACCUCAGUUUGGCCAGGGCCACACCAGUGUCCAGACCUGCCCAGUGUCUUGACCAUUCCCAAAACCUGCUGAGGACCACUAACAACAUGCUGGAGAAGGCCAGACAAAUUCUGAAACAUUAUCCCUGCACUGCUGAAGACAUUGAUCAUGAAGACAUCACAGGAGACAAAACCAGCACACUGAAGGCCUGUUUACCACUGGAACUAGUCAAGAAUGAGAGUUGUCUGGCUUCUAGAGAGACGGCUUCCCUAACAAGAGGGAGCUGCCUUCCACCCAGAAAGACUUCUUUGAUGAUGACCCUGUGCCUUAGUAGCAUCUAUGAGGACUUGAAGAUGUACCAGACAGAGUUCAAGGCCAUCAAUGAAGAGCUUUUGGAUCAUAAUCAGAAACAGGUGGUUCUGGAUGAGAACAUGCUGACAGCCAUUGACAAGCUGAUGCAGGCUCUGAAUCUCAAUGGUGAGACUCUGCCCCAGAGUCCUUCCCUGGAAGUAGCCAAUCCCUACAAAGUGAAAAUGAAGCUCUGCAUUCUACUACAGGCUUUCAGCAUCCGUGCUGUGACUAUCAACAGAGUGAUGAGCUAUCUGAAUUCCUCCUGAGAAGCUCAAGCCUUCCUGCUUAGUGCCCUUUUUACAAAAAUAUUAACUAAUGACAUUUUAAUAAGAGGUGGGUUAAGAACCAGGAAGUCUUGGCCUGGUUGAACAUAAGCUUCUGCCCCAUUCUCCCAGCCCUGUCAAAGGUGGCACCGCUACCUCAUCAUGGUCCCCUCAGUCAUGUCUCUUGUAUUUACUAUGCACGCUAUUGUUUGUAAGUUUUCAUGGAAAUCUUAAGGAGAGAAAAUGUCCUCCUUAAAUGAGUCGGCAGCAGAGCAAGAACUGAUAAGCUAUUAUUUUUGUGUCAAAGUGUUUAUGAAAACACUCAUCACCACUUAUUUAAAAAUAUUUAUUGUUAUAGUUUAUAUUCAUGGAAGUAUAUGAGCUUAUUUAUAUUUAUUUAUGUUCUAUUUAUUAUAAUA